AUGGUCCCGCUCUGCUUUGCGGUCUUUGUCUAUGUUCUGGCUUUCUUCAAUGUUUCCUUCGCGACGGUCCUCAGUGAACGGCGUUCAUUCGCCCGCGAGCUCCCUGUCCGUCAAUACCUGGAGAGCGUAGAAACUGGGAUGAAUGCCACGGGCGAGGCUGCCAUCGUGACCGUAUCCAUCUCUGAGGACAAGCAGUCCUUCUACACACUCGUUUCAGCGGGCAACAUGACCUUUCGUCUUGCCCUCGACACGGGUUCGUCCGAUCUCUGGGUGAUCUCUUCUGCGUGCUCCUCUUCCGCUUGCACAAGCGUUCCAAGAUAUCAGCUCGCAUACCAGAGCUCGACGUUUAUCCCCGUCAACAGCAAUUCAACUGCAUUCAAUGUCAGCUAUGAGGAUGGCUCGAUUGCUAGUGGUUUUAUUGCGCGAGAGACUCUACAUCUUUCGAACGUGACUGUUGCCAGUCAGGCAUUCGGCCUUGUGACUUCAUCGAACGUCUCUUUAACCGACGACAUCAGUGGUAUCCUUGGUCUAGGUUUUUCUCGCCUCUCUACUAUAUACAACACUGUAGCCAAUGCAACUCCCCUUUUCGGGUCUAUGGCACAACAGGGCCUUUUGGAUUAUCCUGUAUUCGGUCUAAGCCUCCCUCGCAAUAAAUCCGUUGGAAGCCUCACAUUUGGUGCCAUUGACGGAACUGUCGUCCAAAACAGAAGCUUGAUCGAAUGGGAAGAAGUUGUCCCGUUCGCUCCGUUUGCGAAUACGACAGAGAACACUACCAGCUACUUGCAGUGGGCGGUAGUCUUGUCAGGACUGUCGGUUAACGGCACAGAAUUAACUCCAUUGCCAACGUAUCCAAAUGCAACGUCGAACACUUCGAUUGCUCUCAUUGAUGUAGGUACACCAGGUAUUUAUGGUCCAUACCAAGAUGUUUCGCGGUUAUUUUCUCUCAUCGAUGGUAGCCGCCUCGUGGCUGAUGGGCAAUGGGUUAUUCCAUGUGAUGCUAAUGACACUAUGGCGUUCAAUUUCGGCGGGCAAAACUUCACGAUGCAACCCAUAGACUAUCUCAUAGGUGCAGUGUCGGGAGACCCAGGUCUCUGUCUGUCUUGGCCGAUGGCGCUUCCUCCGAGCGCUGAUGGAAUCGAUUGGCAAUUAGGCGGAGCCUUCCUCAAGACGGUGUAUUCAAUAUUCAGCUAUGGUAUUGAUACGAAGGAGCCGCCCUUAAUCGGGUUUUAUCCUCUGAACAAUGCUAGCUCUCCCGUGCAGUCUCCCGAAGUUGUUGAGUCAUACUUAUCAUCAGCUUCAGCAACGGUCGCCACCACCCUACCGAACUACGUGCUCGCGCUCCCUUCGUACACCACCCCACCCUACGCCUUCAACACGUCGUUCACUGCGCCCCCGGGACUCGUCGUGUCCUCCGGCCUGGCGGCGAGCACAUACUCCGCGGCCCUAGGUUCAGCAAGCCCGAACGCGACGGCGAUCCCGACCGUCACGCCUUCGCCCACACUCGUUACCCUCUUCAUCACCGGCACCGCCGGACAAGUCUCUACCUCCGUCUCCACCGCGUCUGUACCCUCCGUCACGCUCGGCGAGCCCCCCGGCUGGUCCAACGCGGCGAGCACCGUACGCAUCCCGACGGGUCUCGUGUUAUCGGGUUUCUGCGCUCUGCUAGUUUCCCUUUUGGCGCGCCCGUGA